AUUCAAUCAGGUCCAAUAAUGGAAGGCACGCACACAGUGCUGCGUCUGUACAAACCCAUCCAGGAGUUGUGCUUCAUCAGUCUGUACUUCCCUACCAAGAGGCCUCGAGGUUUCUCACGCGGUGGGUAUGCCCUUCGUGAAGCACGGCCUCUGUACGGUAAUCAGCGUGACCAGAGGAAUGAAGACCCCGCCGGGCCCAAACAAAGACGCCAGUCUUGCAAAUCAGCAGGAGAAAUCUUCCAGCCCUGCGAGCCAACAAAAGGCUGCCUGACUGCAGAACAUGUUCUCCUGCUGACGGACAUCCUGUCUUUAUGCAGUGAGUGCGCAGACAGACUCAGGAUGGGCAACCAGGACGGGAAGUUUGAAGGACAUGGAGAAUUUCUUGGAAGUGGCGCUAGCAGGAGUAACCUGCAACGUACGCUUCCGCUGUCCCCAGAGAAUAAGAGAGCGGCCUCCAGGGUUCGCAAGUUGAAGAAACUGGGUUCUAAGAAGAUGGACAGUGUGGAAGAGUUCUUACAGAGCAAGAUGAAGAAGAAGAUGCAGAGAAUAACUCCUGUGACCAUCACCGAGGAACCGUCCUCCAUCCACGGACCGGACACUCCAGGAUCAGGCUCGUACAUCAGUGCAUCCAGCCAACCUCUCCUUCCCAUGGACGAACACUUCCACUUUGCCCACGACGGCUGGGAUUACAUGGAAGAGCCUCGUUGUUUUGAGACAGAAAUGGAUCUUUGCAGCGAGCUGUCUGAGAUUGAUAAUCAGCUCUGUUUAGAGUUCGCGAAACCAUCGUGUACUUUACUAAGAGGAGAGCGUGGCCAUACCCUACACGAGUUCAAUAAUGCGCGUCUUGAUUCGGGAAUCAGCUCUAAACAUCGUGAACCAAAGGAGAAGAUUGGAGGUCAGACGGGGGCUCAGCUAUAUGAUGAUAAAGUCAAUAUGAGGAGCGUUGCGAAGUGUAAAGUUGUGACUAACAUGGAGGCUGGAAGUCUAAAACUUGGCGCUGCUUCACUGAGGUCCAAAGAGAUUAUGUUUGAGAAACCUCUAUCUCAGAGCAGCUACCAACCGGUAGGACAAGAAGAGAUAGAACCUAGGUCAUCAGAACCUAUGAGGCUACCACUAUCAUCCCCUAUUGAUGCCAAUUCUAGAACGUCACACCUUCGGUCCUGGACCAAAAGCCCCACAUCCAGCUCUCUCGCUGAGGUCUUCAGUGUGUCUUAUCCCAUGACAAACAGUCUUCAAUGCAUGUCUCCUGUUCUGUCACCUUUGUGGUCCAAACGUCCCAGUCCUCACCUCAACCAUCAUAUCGUGUUGCUGCCUGAGGAGGAUGAUGGAAAUCUACACUGUUUCAGAGACGAGCCCAAGGUCACUUCAGAGGCCAUCGACAAAAACGGCAACCGCAGGACCGUCACAAGGCUCGACCUGAACCUCGGCCGACAGGAAAUGAAUCAUUUUAAUCUGAACGGUGCCAGCACAUCAAGUGCCACCACCUCAGAAGUGUCUCUGGUACGUCCUGAUGAGAUCUGGAUGCUGGAUGGAGACGACUCCAUCUCUCAUAACCCUCUGUGUCGCCCCAGCAGACCGGAUCACCUGGACUUUCUGAGAAUCACACCGCCAGAGGAUGACAUCAUCAGUGACUCGCCGUAUUACCCAAAACUGGGAAUAACAAUUAUCAAGCUGCUGGACGGCAAGCGUUCUCAGGCCGUGGGAAUAUUAAUAUCCAGUCUUCAUCUCGAAAUGAAGGACAUUCAACAAGCUGUGCUGACUGUGGAUCAUUCAGUCGUUGAUCUGGAGACGAUUGAAGCUUUAUAUGAAAAUAGAGCUCAGAGAGACGAACUGGAGAAGAUCAAGAAACAUUACGAGACGUGUAAAGAAGACGAGGUGAAACUCCUGGAUAAACCUGAACAGUUCCUGUACGAGUUAUCCCAGAUUCCUGAUUUUGCCGGCCGUGCUCACUGCAUCAUAUUCCAGUCGGUCUUUGUGGAUUUAAUGUCUUCUGUCCAUCGUAAGGUUGAGAUAAUCUCUACUGUGUGCAAGGCUUUUCUGGAGAAUGACAGUGUGAAGGAUGUUAUUGGUCUCGUUUUGGCUUUUGGAAACUACAUGAACGGUGGAAACAGAACCAGGGGACAGGCGGACGGAUUUGGACUCGAGAUUCUUCCAAAGCUAAAAGACGUCAAGAGCAGGGACAAUCGGAUAAGUCUAGUGGAUUAUGUGGUGUCCUACUACCUGAGGAACAUGGAUGAGAACGCAGGAACCGAUAAGAGCGUUUUCCCGUUGCCUGAACCUCAGGAUCUGUUCCACGCCGCACAGGUGAAGUUUGAAGAUCUCGCAAAAGACCUUCGCAAGUUAAAGAAGGAGCUGACAGCUUGUGAGAAGGAGGUUCUGCAGGUGUGCGAGAACUCCUGUGAGGAACAUCUCCAACCCUUCAAAGACAAGAUGGACACCUUCAUCAGCACAGCACAGUCGGAGUAUUCAGCUGAAGACGAGCAUCUACAGCUGGCACAUGAAAACUUCCUGGAAGUGGUGAAAUACUUUGGGCUGAAACCCAAAUCGGGGGAGAAGGAGGUUUCUCCAAACUACAUCUUCAUGCUGUGGUAUGAGUUCUGCAAUGAUUUCAAGAGCACGUGGAACCGUGAGAGUAAAAGCAUCUCCAAAGAGAGACUAAAAGAAGCUCAACACACUGUCCAGAAAAUCACGGCGGACAAGAAAGUGGAGACAAAGAAGAUCAACGCAAACAGUCUGAAAGAGCGACUGCGCAAGAAAGAAGCAGUUGUGUCUUCAAGCUGAGAGUAACCUGGAGAAAUCAAAGGAAGUGUGCAAACAUCACAACAUCCACCCUGCUGCUGUUUCACGAGUGCACAGAAGAGUGUUUGUCAAUCUAUCAG